AUGCGAAGAAGUUUCAGGCUGCCAUCGGGAGUACAUUCUUGAUUACUGCAGAGGCUAUUGCAUCUUAUUUUCAAGUGUACUGGUUUGGCAAAUGGGUUGGAAGAAACACUAAAUCUAUACAUUCAAACCUUGAGAAGAUCAGUACAUCGAUGCGUGUAGAUGCUAGGGAAAUGGAGAGAUUUUGGCAAGGAAAAGACAAGUCUCCAACAAAAUCAGAGUUACAACGAAAAAAAGAAAAAAUAAAUGAACAAGAAAAAUUAUUGUAUAAGGAAAAUCUUAUUGAUCAGAACACUUGGAAUGUGACCCAGUUUGCUAAUAUGAGUGUUGUCAUCCAGUACGCUACUACUGAAUUGGAAGCUGAUAUUGAUGAUGCCAGUAAAGAAAAUGAAUCAGAGUCUAGGAGCCUGGAAUUAAAGACCACUGGCUCAAUUGAUGAGAAACAAUGGUUUAAGACCAAGUUACAAAGAUUUGUAGUUGAAUUAGUUAUAAGCAGCUCUCUUGAGUCUUAUCUUCACCAGAAGGAUACCAACGGUCAUGCUCAGAAUGAGUUCAAGCUAUCUCAGAGAAGAGGACCCAAAAAUAAGAGAAAAAAUUGGUUAAUGCCAGAAGAGUCGAUUCAACUUCGAGAUACAAUUUUGAACAAGCCUUACCAUAAGGUUCAGAUCAACAAAAUUAUUGGCAAUAGUAAGGUCAUUGUGGAUAUUACCUUUGGAAAUGGUAGUAUAGAGCAAUGCAUAAUUCAGCUAGCUGACAUAAUUGGGUAUAUUGAUGGGCCAAUGAAGAAGCAAAUUAUCUCCUCGUUUAAAGAUUCUUAUGGAAAUGUUGUCAUUCCUACGAUGUCAUACAGAGAAAAGAAAGGUGAGCUGCAAUUAAUCUGUACAUGCCCAGUGGACACAAGUCUCACACUCAUUCAAAGCGUGUUCCUCACUUACAAAAAUAUUCAUAAACACGCUGUUACCUUCGCUGAAGCUGAUCCAAAUUCACAGACAAAAACAGAGGCAUUGGAGUUACCAGAAAGCAAUUACUUUGAAACUUGUCUCAAAUACUGGCAAGAACCUUACAUUGUUGCAUGUGGAUCUAAGUUCAAGACUACGGAUGGCGAGGUACCAAAGAAUAUUUCCGUGAAUGUCUUUGAAAUUGACGAGUGUAUAUCAGUAGAGACCGGAGAGACCAAUAUUAUUGAUGAAGGAAUGUAUCUCCAGAACAAAGACCUACUGGAGAAAAUCAGUUUUUCUUUAGAAGAUCAAGCUACGACACAAAAGUAG